GCCAAAUUUACAAGUGUUGUAGCAAUCUGGUCAUCCUAAUUAUAACAUUUUGGUGAUUAAAAUGGCAAUGGUUAGAAUAUUAAUGAGCUUGGCUACCAUAGCCUUGGUUCUUGGUUCGGCCGUGGCUGCAAAUCACACAGUGGGAGCUCCUAAUGGUGGAUGGGAUCAGAGCGCUGAUCUUAAAACAUGGGCUGCAUCCGAAACUUUCGUAGUUGGUGAUAGUUUGAUUUUUGCAUAUACUCCAAACCAUGAUGUGCUUGAAGUUACAAAAGCUGAUUAUGAUUCCUGCCAGACAACAAAUGCAAUAUCAACAAAUGGUGGAGGAAUGACUGUCAUUCCUCUAUCUUCAUCAGGCAAGAGAUAUUUCAUAUGUGGAACAGGUGGGCAUUGUGCCUCAGGUAUGAAACUUGAAGUCAACACACUUGCCACAGUUCCUCCACCAACAUCAGCCCCUGCUAAAUCCCCUGCUUCAUCAUCAUCUCCUAAAUCUUCGGCGCCAACGCCAAAAAUUGCACCUAAAAUCUCUCCUGUUUCAUCACCAAAAAAUGCACCUAAAAUCUCACCUGCAACUUCCCCUGAUGCUAGUAGUCCGUCUCCGAUAACUGUUGAGGCUCCUUCAGUGCCUCCUAAUAAUGAUUCUGUACCAACAUCAUCUCAACCUUCAUCUGCUGAUAAAAUUAGUGUCGUUGCUAGUUCCACCAUGGGAUUUGGUGUUGUUGUUAUGAUGUUGUUCUUUAUGUAAUUCGUUGAUUUUUUAAAAAUUAUUGUUUCGAUUCUAUAUUGUAUUGGAUUUGUUCAAUCAUGGUUGAGAGGCAUUCUUGUUUAAACUGUCUAAUUUUGAUGGAUCUUUACAUAAAUAGCCAGUCGUGUUCAUUGUUUAC